AUGGCCUCAAUCUCUGUUAUCGACCGUCCUUUGGGCACCUACCGAUUCAAGGUUUCUGAAAACCGCGAAUAUGAAGUCAUCCUGACACCCAGAGGACCCAAUGCCCUGGAGCUCGCUACCAGCGUGGCUGACGAUGGCGGUCCACGAGCCCUUUCUGGUGUCACUGUCAAGACCAGUGGCCAAAAGCCUAAGAUCAUAUUUCCCCUCGAGAAGCAAGAGGUCUCUUAUUUGUGGGACACCGACAAGAAGCGUUGGGUUUUCGGAGACAAUUCUGACCUUUAUGGUUCCAACCGCGCCACGCUAAACAAAGUUGUGGAGGAGUUUCUACACCCGGCCCCGAGGGUUGGCAGCCGCCGAGCUGGACCAUUAAUCAACUAUCUCACGGACAGUUUGUUCUUCGAGUGCCACCUAUGCGGAGAGGAUCACAACGCCGAGUUCGACCGUGCUAUGGCAGAAGCUGUUGACAUUGUCAUUGCUCACCAGUCAAAUCCCAACAACCCUCCGAUCCGCGAUCUCGCUCUCUCCUGGUGCACCGGAGAUCCAAGCGUCUCGACUAUUCUGGGUCCGGUCGCUAGCGUCAAGCACUUAGAGCAUGUUACGGUGGUCAUGCAUAGACAUUUUAAUGAAGAUCGUUUGGAUGGUGAGGGUCCCAAUUGCCGAUUCAGAGAUAUCAGGGAGGCUCAGGGAGCAAUUAUUGGUGGCGAAUUGAAAGGGUAUGCUUUCAGCGCUUCUAUCGAGGAGUUUAAUCGCUUCCCGGUUGACCCAGAUGAGGACGAGGACGAGUAUGAGUAG